AUGUACGAGGCCUUCACCCCCGCCAUCACCCUCGCGCUGUGUGUUGCUGCCGGUCUGGAGCGCGCCUCCCCGCCCCUGCUGGUGGCCAUCUCCAUGAUUGUGGGGGGCACCGCGGGGGCGGUGUUGGUGGAGAGCGGGGCGCCGUCCUUCCGCCUGGUGGGCUUUGCGGCCUUUAUGACGUCAUCACUCACCGAGGCGGCCAGAGUGGUGGGGGCGGAGCUGCUCAGGGACGGCGCCAAGUACAACACCGCCGAGUCUUUGGUCUACAUCGGCGGUCCCACGGCGGCGCUACUUCUGGUAAUCGCGGCGGUGGUGGAGUGGCCGCAGGCAGCGGCGGCGGCGGCGUACGGCAGGGGGUUUGCGCUGGCGGCACGUGAUCCAAUGACCUUCAUCACCGCGCCCUUGGUUUCGGCGCUCGUAAACAUGAGUUGCUUCUUCGCCAUCAACGCCACCAGCAGCCUCACGUUCAAAGUGGCGGGCUGCGUCAAGAAUGUGGCGGUUGUCGCGUACGGCGUCGUUGCGCACGGCGAGGCGAUUACGGUGCUCCAGGUGGCCGGGUAUGCGGUCAGCGUGGUGGGUUUCACCAUCUACUCGCAACUUAAAUUGGCGCCAACAACCAAAAGGACAACGGCAACCGUUAACGGUAACGGUAACCGUAAACAGACGGCUACUCCUCCAAGGGUGGCUGCGGCGUCACCGCCUCCGCCAACGGCGGCGGCCUCCGGCAGCGGUGGCCACCAGCACCCGCACCCGCACCAGCACCGACGGACCAAGAAGGCCGCUUGA